UUUCUCCGCGUUCCGCCACUCUCCUCGCGAUGCCGCUGCCCACGCCUGCCCCCCUGUAGCUGAGAGCCCCAGGGCGAGGAGAGGGCGAGGCUCUGGGCUUGGGGGCGCCAUGGAGCGCCGAGGGGACCCUGCUUUCCAGCUCCAGCAGAAUCUGGAAUUCAACGUGGAGAACGUGGAAAAGGCACUCCACCAGCUGUAUUAUGACCCCAACAUUGAAAACAAGAACCUGGCUCAGAAAUGGCUGAUGCAAGCUCAGGUAUCACCACAAGCUUGGCACUUCAGUUGGCUGCUUCUUGAUAUGGACAAGGUGCCUGAGAUCCAAUACUUUGGGGCCAGUGCCCUCCACAUUAAGAUUUCACGCUACUGGAAUGACAUCCCUGCUGACCAGUAUGAGAGCCUUAAAUCACAGCUAUUCAGUCACAUAACUCAUUUUGCUAGUGGUUCCAAAAUUGUGCUGACACGCCUUUGUGUGGCAUUGGCUUCAUUAGCACUGAACAUGAUGCCAGAGGCCUGGCCAUGUGCUGUUGCUGACAUGGUACGCAUGUUUCAGGCAGAGGACUCUAAUGUAGAUGGGCGAGCACGCUGUCUUGCACUACUGGAGCUACUGACUGUCCUGCCUGAGGAAUUCCAAACCAGUCGUCUGCCUCAGUACCGUAAGGGGCAGGUACGUAGUGUCUUGGCACAGGAGUGCACAUCUGUGUUCCCUCUUCUAGAGCAGUUGUUGCAACAGCAAGACUCUCCUAGUUUCAUUAAGCAGAAGGUGCUGAAGUGUUUCUCCAGCUGGGUGCAACUAGAGAUUCCUCUGAUGGAAUGUGAAAACUUGAUCCAGGCAUCCUUCACCUCUCUGCAUGAUCCAGAACUUUUUGACAUUGCUGUGGAGGCUAUUGUCAAUGCCAUUUCCCAGCCUGAUGCUCAGAGGUAUGUGAAUACUCUUCUGAAGCUUAUUCCACCUGUACUGGGACUCCAGGAACAGCUACGUCAAGCAGUUCAGAACAGGGAUAUGGAAACAUCUCAUGGGAUUUGCCGUAUUGCUGUAGCCCUGGGGGAGAAUCAUUCCCGAGCACUUCUGGACCAGGUAGAUCAUUGGCAGAGUUUUCUGGCACUGGUCAACAUGAUAAUGUUCUGCACCGGGAUCCCAGGACACUAUCCUGUCAAUGAGACCACAAGCUCACUUACACUCACUUUCUGGUAUACACUGCAGGAUGACAUUCUCUCUUUUGAUCCAGAAAAACAGGCCAUGUAUCAGCAAGUGUAUCGACCUGUCUAUUUUCAGUUAGUGGAUGUACUCCUACAUAAAGCUCAGUUUCCCUCUGAUGAAGAAUACAGUUGCUGGUCCUCUGAUGAAAAGGAGCAAUUUCGUAUAUACCGAGUGGACAUUUCAGAUACUUUGAUGUAUGUAUAUGAGAUGUUGGGAGCGGAACUGCUGAGUAGCUUAUAUGACAAACUGGGUCGCCUUCUGACGAAUUCAGAUCAGCCAUCCUCAUGGCAGCACACAGAAGCUUUACUUUAUGGGUUCCAGUCCAUUGCAGAGACCAUAGAUGUAAACUAUUCAGACGUGGUGCCUGGCCUUAUCGGCCUCAUCCCCCACAUCAGCAUCAGCAAUGUACAACUUGCAGACACAGUUAUGUUCACUAUCGGGGCUCUCUCAGAGUGGCUGGCUGACCACCCUGUAAUGAUCAGCAAUGUCCUGCCCCUGGUAUUGCAGGCUCUGGGCAAUCCUGAACUAUCUAUUUCUAGUGUCUCUACCCUUAAGAAGAUAUGCCGUGAGUGUAAAUAUGACUUGCCUCCAUACGCUGCCAACAUUGUUGCUGUCUCUCAGGAGGUGCUAAUGAAGCAGAUUCACAAGACAAGUCAGUGUAUGUGGCUGAUGCAGGCUCUGGGUUUCUUAUUGUCUGCCCUCCAAGUGGAGGAGAUCUUGAAGAAUCUGCAUUCACUUAUAACUCCUUACAUCCAGCAGUUAGAGAAGUUGGCUGAUGAAACGCCCAAUCCAUCCAAUAAGCUAGCUAUCAUCCACAUACUGGGUCUGCUCUCCAACCUCUUCACCACUUUAGACAUCAGUCACCAUGAUGAUGAUCAUGAGAACACGGAGGUUAAGAAACUGCCGGUGCCUCAGGGCCCCAAUCCAGUAGUGGUGGUGUUACAGCAAGUUUUCCAGCUCAUCCAGAAAGUGCUCAGCAAGUGGUUAAAUGAUGCCCAGGUUGUGGAGUCUGUAUGCUCCAUUUUUGAAAAAUCUGUGAAGACGCUUCUAGAUGAUUUUGCACCUAUGGUGCCUCAACUGUGUGAGAUGCUGGGACAGAUGUAUAGCACUAUUCCUCAGGCAUCUGCUAUUGACCUCACCAGGCAGCUGGUUCACAUCUUUGCCCAUGAGCCUGCCCACUUCCCACCCAUCAAGGCGCUCUUUCUGCUUGUCACAUCAGUUACAUUAACACUCUUUCAACAAGGGCCCAGGGAUCAUCCUGAUAUUGUUGAUUCAUUUAUGCAACUCCUGGCACAGGUUUGAAAGAAUAUUGUUGUCCUGGGAGAUACUGAGGGCUUAACUUUAGCAGACUGAACAUCGAGUGUUUAUAAAUUGUGGAAGAGCUUUUAUAGAGGGUGUGGGAAAUUACAGCCUGAAUGAGAAGAGGACUGGAUAGAGGAAAGCAAUAAGAAAAAACCUGCCUGCUCCAACUCAACCAGCUCAGGGUCUCAUGGUAUCUCACAACUGCUACAGCUAAGCAGAGAACAACUCUGAAACCCUAAUGUUCAGACUGCCUCCAUUUAGCAUGAGUUCCUGUUACAAAGCAAGAAGCUCCUUAGAAGCAAAAGUGAGAGGGGCUGAAGAAAAUGGGAUCUAGACUUGAACAGAUGGUCUUCUGAAAUUAAGAAUUCUAGGAGAGUAAUGAUUAUUUAACUAGGUCCAUAUUAAAGUUUUAAAAUUCCAAUGGACUGAGCUCUUAUUCCAUACUAUGGUGUUUGUACUAUAUCAACAUAUGCAUUCCCUCCCCCAUUGUCUUCCUAUUUGAAUACAUUUUCUUUUAGCACUAGAAAAUUUAUGAGUUCAUGACAUUAGAAAAGGAUUUAUUGGGUUUUAUUGAUACAGUUACUCUAGUACUGCUUAUCAUUGCUCACUGGUUUGUUUCAGCACUAAUUAAAAAUACACUGAUGCAGUGCAUUCUACAACUCAGAGCCUCUAGCAUUCCUAUCAUCUUCCGUUCUGGGGUCCCAUGGCAUUCUUUCUGUCUCUCAUAGAGAUGACUUUCUUAGGAAUAAACAGUUUAUGUAAUCAUAUAUUUGUCAUGCUGAUAUUAAAUAAUGCAGGAAUUCAAUGAGUGUCCAGACAAUAUUUAUCAAUAGUUUUAUAUAGAACUUUUGGAAGCUAAUUUGCUUCAGCUCUAACACUUACAUUAUGACCAUACUUUUUGAAAUUCUGUCUUUCUGUCUAUUUUGGCAGUUUUCCAGUAUCAUUGUCUACUUCUUUAUUUUCAUUUAUUUUCAAUUAAUUUUUCAAGAAUUGACUUUUCCCAAGAAGAUGUAGAGCACUAAAUCACUACAAGCAAUCAAAUCUUUGGUUUGAUAUUGGUCAUAUAACAGUAAUUGCAUGUAUUUUCCCCCUAGAUUAUAUGUCAUAUUCUGCUUCAAUAUAGAAGAUACUGAAUUUUUCCAGUAGAGAUCAUUUAUAUCUCUUCCAUAGCAAUGUCUGUUUGUAUAAAGAGAAAAAAGAAAAGAAAAGAAGAAAGCCUAUUAUGGGCAUCUUCCCUCAUCCUAGUUAGCACCAUUUCAUGUUAGCUUUAUUCCCUGCCUGUUCUGAGAGAAGACUCCUCAGCUAGCUGUUCUUUUGCUAGCUAACUCAAUUUAUAAUGCCUAUGAAACGUAAUUCUAGCCUCCCAGAUUUAACUUCAUAGAAUAUCAAUCAAUCUGCAGAACGGACACUUCCUUUUGAAUAAGUUAUUAAGAAAACAGUAUAAUUCUAACAAAGAAGCAGAGUCCUUCAAAGACCGAGAAGUUAUUAAACAGCAGACCAGGAUUCUUCAAGAGAUCCCUUAACAAUGCACGUGGAGUAGAUUCUUUUCAUGUCGGCAUAGUGGUUUUGAUUGUGGGCCCUUGAAAAAAGCAGAUUAAUAAAGUAUCAUGAGCUGCCUUAAUUUGCUUGCAAAAUUUCAUUCCUGCAUACAACUAAAGGCAAUAUUUCAAUUUUGUUCAAAUAAUUUUAUGCUAUACUUUGUAGUGGAGAUGAAUGUGGGAUGCAGAUUCUCAUUUAGUGUGGCAUGAGACAACUUACAUUCCUGUAACUCUCCAUAUAAUCAUAUGCCUCUUAGAUAAUUUCUUUGAAGAAAACAGAGCAGGUACCUGUUAACUUUAUGCUUUGUCUUCUGAUCUGGCAGAUCUACAAGUUAACUUAAAAAGACAAUAAAUAAAAUAAAUUUAAAACUUUUUUGGAAUUAAAUCAUCCUCCAUGUAGUCCAGUAAAUAAAAAACCUUCCUCUUCCAAGCACCUUAGUAAAAAUUGUUUGGGUCACACACCUAAAUGUAGCAAUGGAACUAGGCAGAUUGCCCAGUGAAAAACUCUAAAGGAUAUAUGACAUCAAUGAAAGAACCCUACAAAUGUCUAGGAUGAUCUAUUUUUUUUAUAUUUGUGUCACAUGAAGCAGGUCUUCAAUUGGUGAUGUAAGUGUAAUAGACUGAGUAAUAUGAAAGAACGUGCUGCUUGUUUUAUUUGUGGAUUUAUGACCAACCUAAGCUUACAGUAUUAUAGAAAAUUCUGAAUCAAUAUUACAAUCUGUGUUUUUGGAUUAUAGAUGAGAUUUUUUAAAAUGGGUUGGGUUAAAAAAGCAUUUCCUGGAAUUUGAUCACUGUAAUAACAGGCAAGAAUAUGAAAGAAACAUGUUAAAACUUUGCUUAGGCUUUUUUUUUUAACCUGUUAGUGGACAAAACAUCACA